AUGAGAGCUUUAGGAGAAGGAUGGGGAAAAGGCGGUGCAGCAGACAGUAAGAGUAGCGAACGUAGCAGCAGUACGAGCAAGAGUAGUAACAGAGGGAAGAGCGGAAGCAGAGCUUCUUCUUCUUCUUCUUCUUCUUCUUCUUCUUCUUCCUCGUCGUCGACGAAGACGACAACAUCGAGGAAGAAGAAGAGUAAGGCGAUAACGACGAAAAGCACUACUACUACUACUACUACUUCUUCUUCUUCUUCUAGCACGAAAGAACUCACGCAGAGAGAGGAGAUUAAUCGACGCUUAUUGGCAGGGACGAUGUCGACGAUAUGCGUGCGGACGCUGUUAGCGCCGCUGGAAAGGUUGAAAACAGAGUAUCUCUUUAACAACUCCAAAGAAGCUUUGUUCGUAACUUCUAAGAUUGUGUUUAAAAACGAAGGCGUGAUUGGGUUUUGGAAGGGUAACUUGGUGAAUAUCGUGAGAACGGCGCCAUUCAAGGCGAUUAAUUUUAGUGCGUUCGAUACGGUUCGAACGGCAAUCACGAAGACGUUCGAUGUCAAGGAAAAUACCGUGGCGGAUGAGGUUUCUUUGUUUUUAUCCGGCGCGUUUGCGUGCGGUACCGCGGUGACUAUUUGUUACCCGAUGGACGUCGUCCGCACAAGAUUGGUCGUCCGAGGCGGGACGCAAAAGUAUAAGAAUAUCCUUUCGUGCGUUCGGAUGUUGUACAAAGAGGAAGGGUUGGCGAGUUUUUAUAGAGGAAUAUUACCAGCCAUGGCGCAAAUGACGCCCAACGCCGCCGUGUAUUAUUCCGUGUAUAACAGUUUGAAACAGUAUCGCUUGACGCAAAUGAAACGCGAAGGAGAGGAAAAAGCGAAUAGAAGGAAGAAAAAGAACAACAACAACAACAACAACAGAGGGAGUGGUAAAAAAGAUAACACCACGGGAGAACUCAAUAACAAGAAAACCAUCGAACCGCAAUACAUGAUGCUCUUCGGCAUGGUUGCCGGAAUAGCCUCCGAAUCUUUUACCUUUCCGCUAGAAGUCGCCAGGCGCCGCAUUCAAAUGAACACCGGUCGCGUCGUCGCUAAAGAUAUAUUUGGAUCGAAGGAGCUCAAAAUGAUGUUAGAAGUCACCCAAAAAGUGUUGCGAGAGAAUGGUUUUCGAGGUUUGUACGCCGGAUUAGCGCCGUCUGUGUUACAGGUCUUGCCAAGCGCGGCGUUGGGGUACUACUGCUACGAGAGUUUCAAAUUAGCCGUAGGGGUUGACUGA